AUGCCAAUUGAAAAGUCAAAAGAAAAUGAUGGUAGUCCCCUGAACAAUUUUUCAGGGCUAACCAUCUCUAAUGAGGGUAGUUCAAAAAAUCAACCACCAUUAAACAAUAGCAACAACAGUAGUAAUACCACUACUACAUCGACCUCUUCGUCGACACCAGCUCCAUACGUUCCACCAUCGCGUCGUACCCGUGAUUUCCAAAACCAAGCACCACGUGGAGACUACGAUCGUCGUGGUUCCAACGAGAGAAGAGACAGUCGUGAUAACUACGACAACCGUGACUCCCACGAUCGUCGUGACAACCGUGAUUCAUUCGAUCGUCGUGAUAACAAUGACAAUCGUGAUGCCCCACGUGACGCUCCAAGAGACGCCCCACGUGAUGCACCAAGAGAUGCCCCCCGUGACGCACCAAGAGAUGCUCCACGUGAUUCACGUGACUUCCGUGACUCUUACGAUUCCUACGACCGUCGUGACAACCGUGGUGGUAGUGGCGGUGACUUUUACAAGUCUGGUCCACCAUCCGGAGGUUACAGAAACGAUCGUUGGGGAGACAACAACCGUGGAGGUGGAUAUAGUUCACCAUCCUAUGGUCGUUCAUCUGCCUUCAACCGUGGAGGUUCCUCCUACGGUGGAAAGGGUGGUCGUCCACAAAUUGAAAGAUACUUUGACAAGUGGAAUUCCUACCGUGAUCCAAGAAUCCACACUGAAAUGAAGAGAGAAGACUUUACCGAGUUGGACGAGAAGACCGCCGAAGAAAUCUUCAAGUCAAAGGCCAACCACGGUCUCGAUUUCGAUGCCUACGAUGACGAUGACAUCUCCAUCGAAACCUCUGAACACAUCUGUGCUCCAUUGAACUCCUUCAUGGACAUUGAUCUCGGAGACGUUCUCUUUAAGAACAUCAAGUACGCCAAGUACACCAAGCCAACUCCAGUACAAAAGUCUGCCCUCCCAAUCAUCAUGAAGGGUCGUGAUUUGAUGGCUUGUGCUCAAACCGGUUCCGGUAAGACCGCUGCUUUCUUGUUCCCAAUCAUCUCUGGUAUCUUGCUCGAUGGUGCACCCGAGCCAUUGGCUGCCUAUCGUCCAGGUGUCCCACGUCCAGUUCACCCACGUGCUCUCGUCUUGGCACCAACCAGAGAGCUUGCACUCCAAAUCUAUGAUGAAGCCUCCAAGUUCUCAUAUGGUUCACCAGUUACCUCUGUCGUAGUCUAUGGUGGUGCUGAAAUCUCACACCAAAUCGCUGAACUCGAUCGUGGUUGUGAUAUCUUGGUUGCCACCACCGGUCGUCUUGUCGAUCUCCUCUCCAGAGGUAGAGUCUCUUUGGCUCACGUCAAGUACCUCGUUCUCGAUGAGGCCGAUCGUAUGUUGGAUAUGGGUUUCGAGCCACAAAUCCGUCAAAUCGUCGUCGACAACGACAUGCCAGGCAACCGUGACCGUCAAACACUGAUGUUCUCUGCCACCUUUCCCAAGCCAAUUCAAAAUCUCGCCUCUGAUUUCUUGAACAACUACAUCUUCUUGAAGGUCGGUGUUAUCGGUACCACCCAAAACAUCACUCAACGUAUUGAAUACGUUCAAGACGACGAGAAGAACAGUUACUUGUUGGAUUUCUUAUCAACCCUCAAGUCUGACGGUCUCACCUUGAUCUUUGUUGAGACCAAGCGUCUCUGUGACUCCUUGACUCACUACCUCAACACCAAGGGAUUCGCCUCCACCUGUAUCCACGGUGACUUGUCUCAAUACGAAAGAGAGAGUGCACUCAACAGUUUCCGUACCAACCAAACCCCAUACUUGGUUGCCACUGAUGUUGCCUCUAGAGGUCUCCACAUCCCCAACGUCCUCUACGUUAUCAACUUUGACUUGCCAACAGACAUUCAUGUCUACGUUCAUCGUAUCGGUCGUACUGGUCGUGCCGGUAAGAAAGGUUUCGCCAUCUCUUUCUACAACGAGAGAAACAAGUCACUCUCCACUGACUUGCUCCAAUUGAUGAGAAAGUCCAACCAAGAAGUCCCAGAUUGGUUCGAGCGUACCGUCUCUUACUCAUACAGCAAGCCAAAGAACACUCCACCACAAAAGUCAAGAUACAACAACAAUGACUCACCAUUCAACAACAAGGGUUACAAUAACAACUACAACAAUAACAAUAACAACAACGACAGAUACAAUCGUAAUGAACGUAGAGGAGGUGGUGGUGGUGGCGGUGGUAAUCAUGAUGAUUACUCAAUGCAUCACAACUAUUUCAACAACGGUGGUCAAUAUUAA